ACUCAUUCAUUCAUUCUUUGAAGUUUACUAAACUGACUCACCAUUAUUUUAUUAAUUUUCAUGUUUAUAUUUUUAAGUAACUUAAUAAUUAAUUAAUCUAUUACUAAAAAUUAAUUCAAAAUAAGUAUACAGUGCCUAUAUUUUUAUUAUACAAUAAUGUCUUACUUGUGAAUUCUGAAUAUAACGUGAAGUAAUCACGUUGAUUUUACAUAUUUUUUAAUCGAAAUAGUGUCUGUGUUUCGUGUUUUUAAAGUGAAUAUUAUUAAUAUGGCUGAGAAGAAAAUUCAAGAAAAUCCCCUGCCUGAAGAGCAGCCUACAGAACAAACAAACCAAAUAGAUAAACCAAAAGAAGUACCCAUGAAAACUACACCAGACAAAACUACAACAGUUGUUCUGCCAUCUUCGCCUCCUACAGCAAUUUCACCAAGGAUGACGGUGCCAACAUUCACCAAAACAUCACCAAAUGAUCUAUAUAGGAGACUACUGCCUGCAGUUUUGUUUGUGCUGACUUUUGUUACUGUGAUGACUAUGUUGCUGAUAUAUAUGGAUAAUGUCGCAAUGGGCGCCCAACAAUUCCGUGUGAACAUGUCACGUGACUACGAGUUGGCUCGCAUCCCUCAAGAGUCACCAGCCCUGGUCGCGUACGUGCGACAGCUACACCUCGCGCCACGGGUCUCACAUCACCAGCCACAGCAACACACCCCUACAAGAUCCGUUAAAGUACUGGAUCAGUUGUAUGGAGAGAUUUACAACGGCACGUUCGUGGAAGUAUUAGAAUCCGGCCCGCGUGACCCUGGCACAUUAUACCUUGGUGCGGCCCGCGGUUGGUCAGGACUGGCAGCCCGCGCCGCGGCUCGAGCCUACCUCGCGCUGCGGGGUCGCGCUCUCGCCACGCUGCACGCUUGCCUCAGCCCCACGCCGCAUCCCAGAGAGGUAACAUACCACGAAUCGGAGAGUCCAGAGGCGGCAUUCAGCUCGCGUGUGCUGUGCCUGCCGCUAUACACGAUGCUGCUAGCCGCGGAUGCCACCCACGCCACGUACGUCGUGUUGGACGGGGCUACCGUGCCACUAGCUCUCCGCCAUGUGCCCUUCGGCACGCCGGACCUUCGUCUGCAGGUGAUCGAGUUCCGUUCUACGGACGUGGCCGCCCGCAACCUAACUACCCAAUACCUGACGAUAAAGAACUACACAGUCGCGGCAAGCUUCGAAGACAGCAUCAUGUACACUCUGAAAGAGGUUUAAGUAUACUAUUCCAAAUAUAUCGCACGUUCACAUCAGAUCUCUCACAACUCAACGUAGCUUUAAUGAGUACGUGAAUUUGAAGUGUCUUAAAUAGGUAAUUAUAAGGGCCUAUUAUUAUUUUAAGAAGCCGCUAAGCUAAGAAUUCGCAGCGUUACGGUUUCUUAUAACAUUUUGUAGCAUUUCAUUGUUAUAAUUUUAUUGUAAACAUUAUUUCAAAAUCUAUUCAAUAGUUAUUUUAGAUUUGUAUUGACAGAUUUGUUAUAAAUACAUAAGAUAACCAUUCAGCAUCAUGUAUCGAAAAUUUUACCUCAAUUUUUUUUUUAAUUAAUUGUUAAUAAGAUCUCAAUAUCCUGUCAUAAAAUUGUAUACAUUUUGCAUUUCAUUCUUGCAUAAAUAUUGAAUUAAUUUUAAUAUUAUUAUGCUAAAAGAUAAUAAUGAAAUUUCACAAAAUUUUAUCAGAGAUCGUUAUGCUACGGUCCCUAGUAAGGAGACGUAGUUUUUCACACGGUAUUAGAACUUUUGAAUAAUGUUGUAAAGUCAAACACUUUUUCCACUCUUAAAUAUAUUUACGACACAUAUACUACAAACUGUAGUCAUUUUAAAUACCUUACUAAAAUGUGAAAUAAUUAUGAUAGUUUUUUUUUUAGUUAUAGUCAAAUAAUUCAUUUAGAUGGAAAUAUUUUUUUAUCUCAGUAAUUUUUCGUGUUGUCUUUUAUUGUAUACGUAAAUAAUCUCAAUAGUAUAGUAAUUAAGGUUAGAAAUGAUAAUGAAAUUUUAUGAAAUGUAAUUAUUUUUAUGGCAACAUUCAUUCGCUUUAAACACAGCCAAUACGAUAUUAAAUUGAUAUUAAUUUUAAUAAUUAAAUAAUACAAUUAUACCAAUAAUUUCAAUUAUAUUUUUUUAAUACAUUAUCGAUAAUUUUAAUUAGAUUUUAAGUUGGAGUGACUUCUGGUGGCUGUUAUUUCGGACCAGUGUUGAUUGUAUGAAUAAAAUUGCCAAUAAAUUACAAAUCAACCGCUCUAUACAAAUGACAAACGAAUCUAUAGGUACGGUUUUCUUUGAUCUACAAAUAUAAAAACAAAAAACAAGACACCGGAUGUUGCUCUUCCAUUCUAUUUCAUGAAAGCGACAACGACGUAUCUAUUGAUAGAUUCAUUAGACAGUGUGGCCAGUUGUCUAAAAAAUCUAAAAAAAAUCCAUUUUAGAUGUAUCUAAUCAUUUAAAAUUAAUUUUUGUUGUAAACUAUAUAGAAGGAAAGUCUUAUUAUGAUCGAUAGUGACGAUAUUAUUUUGAUAGCAAUUUCCUUUAUAUAAUCGACAUUGAAUCCCAAUAUCUGACAAAAGUCGCUUUUUAAGUUUUAGUUGUGAUAUUGUAAAUAGAAAACUGGGUGCCAGUUGCACUUAAUAACCCUCGCACUUAAAAACCCUCGCAGAUUGCUAUCUUAGCGACUAUCUACUCGAGAUUUUAGAAUUUAUUUAUAAAGAUACUAAUAUACAUUGCACGUUAUUGAAAAAAAAAAAACAGUACUUUAGUCUUAUUUCAUAUAUCGGUAACAAGAUUGAUUUUUCAUUUGUCUCGGAGAGGAUAUAAAUAGAAAAUAUUUUACUUUCUGCAAACUUACUGCACCUAGUGGAACUUGAAUUAAUAUCUGAAUUAUGCACUAAAUUUGUUAAAGAGAACCAAGUAUUUUUCAUUUUAAUAUGUCAAUAUUUUAGUCUGUGAGGUAAAUUCUAACGGUUACUAUUUAUGCGUAGCUGGAUAUUUGUCCAUGUCAUCUAUGAGUUGUCAGAUUGUAUGCGACGU